AUGUUUAUAGUACUUUUCUACAAUGAAAAUCAGGAUCUCAGACCAUCCGACAUCGAGGCGCCGUCCUUUCGCUCGAACGACGUCUGGCUGGUUCUCCACGACUCGCCAGAGUCUGAAGAGAAACUCAUUUCUCAGCUGGGAGAACUCCCCAUCUUCCUGGACUCGAAUCUCUACGCGGCGAGGCGCGAUCGACUGGAGGGUGAGGCGGGAGCCUCCCUCCACGAGGCGUACCGAAAGGGACUCGACAUCCCGCUCGUCUACCAAAGGGUUGGGACCUGGGACGGGCAGAAGCUCACGUUCCUGAUGGAGAAGAACAAGUACGAGAGACGCAAGGAUCUCGCCGGAGUCCACUUCAAAGUCUGCUCGAUUGAGAGCGACCCUUUCGUCGUGUACAUCGACAACGAGAACCAGAUCAUGACCGGAGUAUUUGGAGAAACCUGGAUGCUCUUACAACAAGUCCUCAACUUCACAUUCCAUGACCGUCGACUCAUGGAAGCGAACCCAGCACUGAACAUCGGGAGCCUCGACGCGGAGGGGGAGGAAUACAACGGACUGUUCGGGAUGCUGCAGAGGGCAGAGAUCGACGUAAUCGUCUCGGAAUUGACCAUCACGAAGACGAGAUCCCAAUACAUGGACUUCCCCACGCCCAUCCACGACUACGAGUACCCAAUCCCCCUCCACCCCCACCCCCACCCCAUCAUUCCCGCGAUGACCUCCGAUCCCGUUCCCAGGCCCAGAAUGUACACGGCGAAGAAGCAGGAGAAGAACGCGUGGAAGUCUUACUGGAGGCCGUUCCCGCUGGGGCUCUGGCUCGCCAGUCUCGCCGGCGUCGUCGCCCUCGCCCUCGCGCUCUGGUUCGUCCGAGCGAACGAAGCCGAAGAUGGGAAUCUCCAAGGCCGGACCUUUUCCACCGAUCUUCUCGUCGUUUGGAGCGCCUCCUGCAUGCAAGGCAUACCGCGAGAGCCGAAGCACCCAGCAGCCCGCUUCACCGUGUGGCUCAGCUUCGUGCUGGGACUCCUGCUGGUCAACAGCUACUCGGCGGUGGUCACGUCGUUCCUCGCCGUGGAAGUGGACGCGCUCCCGUUCUCCCACUGGGAGGAAAUUCGCUUCUUUGGAUCCUCCUGGAAACUGGGGAUCAUGAAAGAAUCCUCCGAUUUCGACCUUUUCUAUCAUGCUUAUAUGUCGAAGGAGGCACCCAUGGCUGAGAUAUAUGAAAAGUUGAUCCUCGGGAAAGAGAAGGACUUGUACGGAACAUUGGAAGAAGCGGUGAGGAGGACGGACGAGAACCCGAACUACGCUUUCGUCGGACCGUCGGAAUCCGUUUCCGUGUCGGCGGAAAAAUGCAAAUUGUCGGCGAUUCCUGGGGUCGUUGCUUCGGAGCGGCUCACCGUUGCUCUCACGAAGAAUUCCCUCUACACGAAAAUCUUCAGCCACUUGUGA